AUGGCCAACCUAGGCGGUGAUCCUACAUCGGGAUAUGACCAAGAUAAAUCACAAGGAGCGAAUGAAACUUACAGUAGUUCCCUCAAUGCACAACCAAUAAAAAUAACUACCCCUUCACCAAAGACUAGCGGGAACCCAACUCCCUCAUUCGAUCGCAACAGAGACGCAUCACCUCCAAUAACAUCAUCGCCGUCAACGCUUCCUGCACCUAUCACUCCCCUUUCAUUACGAAAGCAAAUCAUGAUAACUAUAACACUCUCGCUGACGACAGUCAUCACCUCGAGUAGUGGACAGAUACUGAACAUCGCUUUGCCUACAAUUCAAGAUGAACUGGAAGCAGAGGAUGGGACACUGCAAAGGCUUCUCUCAUCGAUCAAUUUAUCUGUUGGCUGUCUACUCUUAUUCAGCGGCAGAGUUGCCGAUAUCUACGGAAGAAAGAAAAUAUUGAUUCUUGGGUUAUUAGUGUUCACCAUCUUCAGUUUGGUGGGAGGAUUCCUGCACAAUGCCUCGGGAUUGAUAGUCAGUAGAGCUGUUACUGGUUGUGGAGUCGCCAUGACAACACCGAGUACAACGGGUAUAAUAGCGGAACUUUUCACGGGAAGAUCCAGAUCAAGAGUAUUCACCUGUUUCUCUGCCGGUUUAUCCUUGGGAGGUAUAUUAGGUCUGUUGAUUGGUGGUUUAUUCGUGUCUUAUGUCAGAUACACCUGGCGAUCAUGCCUUUUCUGCGUUGCCGGCAUCAGCUUCCUUACCAGCAUCCUCGUCAUGAUCACUAUUCCCUCGGAUGGGUCUCAUACGUCCAGCAAACAUGUUGACUGGCCAGGUGCAACUCUUAUCACCACCGGAUUAGUUCUUUUUCUAUACGCUAUUACUGGUGCUUCAAGUGCGCCUGAAGGGUGGAGAACCAGCUAUAUCAUCUGUCUCCUCAUCCUUGGCAUCAUCCUCAUCAUCUCAUUCUUCUUCUGGGAACAUUACGUUACUGUCAAGACUAGUGAUCCACCAUUGAUGAGAUUGGCAUUAUGGACCAGAGCCAGAGGUAGACUUGCCGCAUUGUACUUUACCAGCUUUUUAGCUAUCAUGGGGUUCAUCCCGACAUUGUAUAAUGCCACACUGUACUUUCAAGAAGUCCAAUCCAUCAGUCCGGUUGGAACGAUGUUACGGUUCCUACCCACCGAAAUUGCAGGUAUACUUUGUUCAAUCAUGGUGGCUCUGUUGAUUCACAGGGUCCCGGCUUACUGGUUGUUUGUUGCUGGAUUAUUGGCUUGUGGGUUCGGAAACAUGUGUUUUGCAAUCUCGGAACAAGAUGCAGAUUACUGGACAUUGCCUUUCCAUGGAAUGUGGCUGAUCGUUUUCGGAAUUGAUUUCUUUCUACCGACCGGUUUGAUAUUUGUCUCUGCAUUUUCCCUUCCUGACGAAUAUAGCGUUGCUAGUGGUUUAUUCCAGACCAUUCAAAGACUGGGAGGUUCGAUUGGACUCGCAGUAACUUCAAUCAUCUUCGAUUCUCAAUACAAAUUGUCAAUAUCUCGAGGCUCUAAUGAACAGAUGUCUUAUCUAAAGGGAGUCCAAAGCUCAUUCUGGUUGAGUGCAGCGGGUUGUUGGUUCGGAGUAUUCGUGGCGGUCGUAACGCUAAGAGGGCUGGGCGUGUUUGGGAAAGAGGGACUACAAAGAAGCGAGACGAGAGAACAAGAUGUGGAGAAGUGA